CCGCGUCCCCGCCGAUUGACAUCCCGGGCGGGUGCAGUCGUCUGGAGCUCCAGAUGGAGUUGGUUGGCGACGGGAGCCCGUCAUGGGGGCCGCGGACCCCCGCAACGGCACCGAGCCCGACGGCGGCGGCGGCGGCGGCGGCCGGCCGGCGUCGUCCGAGGAGUGGGUGGCCGGCAUGAGCCUCCUGAUGUCGCUCAUCGUGCUCGCCAUCGUGCUGGGCAACGCGCUGGUGAUCGUGGCCAUCGCCCGGACGCAGCGUCUCCAAACCCGCACCAACGUGUUCGUGGUGUCCCUGGCGUGCGCCGACCUGAUAAUGGGCGUGCUGGUGGUUCCGUUCGGGGCGGCGCUGCAGCUGCGCGGCGCCUGGGACUACGGCUCGUUCUUCUGCGAGUUCUGGAUCUCCGUGGACGUGCUGUGCGUCACGGCCAGCAUCGAGACGCUGUGCGUCAUCGCCGUGGACCGAUACGUGGCCAUCACGGCGCCCUUUCGCUACCAGAGUUUGCUCACCAGAGCCCGAGCCAAGGCGGCGGUGUGCGCCGUGUGGGGGGUCUCGGGGCUCGUCUCCUUCCUGCCCAUCCUCAUGCACUGGUCCCGGGAUAGCGCGCACACUGCGUGCUACGAGGACCCGGCGUGCUGCGACUUCGUCACCAACCGGGCGUACGCCGUCUCCUCGUCCGUGGUGUCCUUCUACCUGCCGCUGGUGGUCAUGGUGUUCGUGUACGCGCGCGUCUUCCGGGAAGCCAAGCAGCAGCUGCGGAAGAUCGACCGCUGCGAGGGCCGCUUCCACAUCCACUCCAGCGGCGCCAGGUGCAAGAGGAAGCCGCCGCGCAUGGCCGCGCUCCGGGAGCACAAGGCGCUCAAGACGCUGGGCAUCAUCAUGGGAACCUUCACCCUGUGCUGGUUGCCCUUCUUCGUGGUCAACGUGGUGCGCGUUUUCGGCGCCGAGCUGGUGGACGAGGACCUGUUCGUCUUCCUCAACUGGCUGGGUUACGCCAACUCGGCGUUCAACCCGGUCAUCUACUGCAGGAGUCCGGACUUCCGCAGGGCGUUCAAGAGGCUGCUGUGCCGCCGGCCCCGGCCCCGGAAGGAGCGCAUGCUGCACGUCAGCUCCUGCGACCUGAGCCGCUACUCGGCCGGCUUGGUGGUGACCUCCUCGCUGGAGCCCGCGGGAGGCGGAGGGACGCUGAUCGGCCUGUGGACAGACAACGGCGACAGCAGCCUGGCCGGAACCGGGAGGCCGGCCCGCUCCGAGUCCCGUUUUUGACUCCGAACGCGCCUUCACUUCUUCUUUUUGUGCGUUACACUGUGACCACGCAGGAGCCAAUUUUGGAAUUUUAAAACCCCGAAGUGCUUAAUUUCGACCCGAAAGAUCAACCUUAUUGACCUAAUGAAGGCACGACAAGAUCACAAAUACUGAAUAAGUUCUUAAAGGUUCAAUGCAAAUGUAUUGAACUUAAAAAGUUAAAUACAACUGAACUGUGCCUGGGCAGUGAUUCUUUCAAGGACCACGAGAGGGAGCUAACAUGCACAGUUUGCAAAUCACGGAUCUAGCGAAGGAGCAUUUAUUUUCUCUGCUUGAUCGAUAGAUGAACAAAGAUAUAUCAAUUGUAGUGAAUACAGUUUUGGGGCCCGAUUAAGUUCAAUUGGAUUGUGCAUUCAAACCUUUAUUGAGCCAAGACAAAGUAUGAAUACUGAAAUAAUUAUCUUGAGUUUUAAACUUAAAUUUAAGUUCAUUAAUUGUAAAUUAAAAAAAAAAAAAAGAUUUUACGCAAACAUUUACUAUUAUAAAAUACUGUAACAUUGAAAAGAGCACUGAAAUUAGUACACCACUGACAUUGGCUUACUUAAAAAAACAUUAUGAUGAAAACAUGGGGAAAUGUAUAUUUCUGGAUGACGAUCAAAAAAAAAAAAAAAUCCCACAAUACACUUCCUUCCCCCCGAAAUUUAGUAUGACUUUCUAAAAAAACAAACAAACAAAAAAAAACCCCUAAUGUGUCUUUCUAAUUGAGCCAUUGAAAACUAGAAUGGGCUAACUCCAUUUAGGUCCUUUUUAGUUUUAUGGCUGCCGUUUACAGGUUAGUACAAUAGGGAUGUAAGUCCAAACCUCUAUCAAAUUAAUAUUUCACGAAAGAUCAUAAUUGACAUUCAUGUAUACUAACAUGCAGAUGUACCGGCACCCAAGAUAAAAGGGGGGGGGGAGUCUCUAGUGCAACAAUGGAUUAACCCCCAAAAUUGGAUCUUAACCUUGUCAUUAGCAUCAACUUAAUGGUUUCCAAAUGAUUCCAAAAGGUCCAGACAGCGCACAAUUCCUUUAUAGGUUUCCUUGUAUUCAUUUGAAAUGUGUAAAAUGAUGAUAGUUCUCACUAACUGGACAGCAAGGAUGUGUUGUACAGUGCAUAUUUUAUUUAAGCUCCCCUUGUGUUUUACCUCACAGCCGUCGACAAGUGCAAUUGCUGCCCAAUUUGUUUAUAUAAAUAACGUUACAUAUUUCUGUACAUGAGGUUGCGGGUUUGAUUCCCAAAAAUAGUGUUGAAUGUGACUUUAUAUGCCGUUUGUGAGUGUUCUGUGGAAUAAUAAUAAAAAAAAAUUAUUGCC